GCGAAAGAGAUACAGAAUCUAUGGAAUACAGAGUUGAAUCAGAGAGAUUUGUCUUUGUAUAAACUAUUAAAAUGCAAUUUAUGAAAGUUUAGAAGCGCAAUGUUUUUACAAAGUGCAAAAAUAGUCUCAUUCUAUGGGAAAAGAGCUGUAUUGUCUAGCAGUUCUUUUUUGAAAAUACCAAAACGCAAUGGUUAUAUAGUACUAGUUCCAGAAAUUGGAGAAGAUCUACCAGGGAAAUAUCCUUUACUUAAGGAGGAUACAACUCCAGAAUUCAAUAGCAUCACAAUAGAGAAAUGUAUAGCUGCUAUUGGAAGACAAGCUUUAGAGUUUGAAAAUGGAGUUAAAACCUUGGAGAAGAAAAUAGAAAAUGUUGAGAAUGUUUCUAUACAGAAUCUAUUCGAAAAUGUAUUAAACCCUUUGGAAGAAAUGUUCAUAUCGUUGAGUAUUACAUGGGGCAUUGCAAAAAUUUUGUAUCUAGGAAAUCAGAGUGUAAUGCCCACGCGAUAUUAUAUAGGUAUUCAUGAGCGUGCUAGGAAAGCUCUUGCUGCUAAAUAUGUUAGCCUACCAGUCUAUCAAGUAUGCAAGAACAUCAUAAACAACAAAGAAAUCGAAUUGACCAAUGAGCAGAGACGAAUUUUAUCAAAAUAUAUAUUGGAAGGAAAGCUGAAUGGACUAGAAUUGACUAAGAAAAAUAAAGAUAUACUGACAGAAUUGUCAUAUAUAAUAAUGAACAAGUGUAAAGAAUAUUCAGAAAAAUUACAGGUAGCUACAAAUCAGUUGAAAUUUACAAUAAAAGAUCAUGCAACUGUCAGGGACUUCCCGGAAGCAGUUUUAAAAACAAUGGUAAAAGAUGAAACACAAUUUAAUGUUGGCCCUUGGACAGUAACAUUAGAUCCUUCUAUUAUGAAUCCUUUUAUGGAAUAUUGUCCUGACCAUUCAUUGAGGUGGAAAGUUUGGGAAGCAGAUGUUACCAAGGGAUCUGUAUUGCAAGAAAAAUUAUUGCAGACAAGUACACUAUUAGAAGAAAUUCGAGAACAAAGGAAAAAGCGGGCGAAGGUUUUAGGGUAUAAAACAUAUGCUGAUUUAAGUAUGGAAACUAAGAUGGCUGGAAGUUUAGAAAAUAUUUAUAAUACGUUUGAUAUCUUAUUAGAGACAGCUCGUCCUGCUCAAGAAUAUGAAAUCAAAGAACUGAGUGCAUUUGCAAGAGAAUAUGGUUUUGAAAACAGAUUACAGCUUUGGGACAUACCAUUUUGGAGCAGAAAGCAGCUGUAUAGUGUGCAAAAAUACAGAGAAGAAGAUUUUAAACAAUCUUUUCCAUUGCCAAAAGUAUUAUUCGGGCUAUUUGAAAUAAUCGAAACGUUAUUUAACGUAAAAAUUGUUGAAAGUAAGAAGAAACCAGAUGUUUGGCACAAAGACGUUCGAUACUUUGAUAUCUUUGACCUCAAUGAAUCGAGUACCAAUCCUGUAGGAAGUUUCUAUUUAGACCCUUAUGCAAGAGGUGAUGAAAAAGUGAGAAUACCACAAGAUUCGGGUUACAUGGUGCCAAUAAAGGAUAGAAGCAAAGCAAGUGGAACAAAACCAUUAGUUGCUUUGAUAUUCAACUUUCAACCACCACUUGGCGAAGAACCUUCCUACCUUUCCUUCAAGGAUGUUAAAACCAUUUUUCGGAAGUUUGGACAUAUGUUACAACACACGUUAACAACGGUGGAGUAUGCAGAAAUAACUGGACUUACAAAUGUAGAAUGGGACGCAACAUUUAUCUCGGAUUACUUCUUUGAAAAUUUGUUGUAUGAACCGUCGCAUUUACAACGAAUCUCCUCCCAUCAAGAUACAAAGGAACCAUUAUCCAUGGAAAUGAUCCAAAUACUGAGAAACAUGAAAUUGCAUUUAGCUGGUUAUAAAUUAUGUAGGGAACUGUAUUUAUCACGAUUCGACUUAGAAUUGUACACUAGCGAAGAAUUUUGGCUUAACAUAAUGAAACGCUUGUGGGACAAACACUUUGUUAUUUCACGAAACAAGAUGGAUUGUCAUGUCUGUUCGUUCGAAAAGAUUUUUAGUGGAGAUUGGGCAGCUUCUUAUUACAGUGAUAUUUGGUCACAAAUGAUCGCAGCCGAUUUAUACAGUGCUUUUAACGAGACAUCUUCUAAUAACGAGAAUGCAAUGAAAGAAAUUGGAAGCAGAUAUCGUGCAACGUUUUUAGCUGUUGGAGGUAGUCAACCAAUGAGUGAAGUUUUCAGGAAAUUCAGAGGAAGAGACCCCAAUCCAAAGGCACUUUUGAGAAGUUUGGAAUUGAAUGUUAAAGCUAGUAUGAUACAAUCUAAUACUGAGCAGAAUUAA